ACAGUGCGAACACGGCGUACGUAUUGUACACUCCGCGUUAGCAGGAUUGCCAGUUUCGAUUCAACUGUUGCACCUUAACUUACUAUCAAAAUAGUAGUGAUUCUUGACGAUCGACAGACGUCAAACGGUCGUGCGCUCUCAUCUCUCCUGUGAUCUAACAUUACAUGACGGUUUUUUUUAAUAAAAUAGACUAGGACAAAAACAAAACCAUGGCAGAAGACGACGUAAAUAGCGAGGACGGCAACGAUCUAAACACAAAAUUCGGUUUACGGUUACGCGGUAGAAAAGGAGCUCUCAAGAAGAAAAAUGUUUAUCAAAUCAAAGAUCAUCACUUCAUACCCAGGUUCUUUAAACAACCGACAUUCUGCUCUCAUUGUAAAGAUUUUAUAUGGGGAUUUGGAAAACAAGGAUUUCAGUGUCAAGUGUGCAGUUUCGUCGUUCACAAGAGAUGUCACGAAUAUGUCUCGUUUACUUGUCCUGGAGUUGACAAGGGAGCAGACUCAGAUGACACCCGAACUAAACACAACUUUAAAGUGCAUACAUACUCAUCUCCUACAUUUUGUGACCAUUGUGGUUCUCUAUUAUACGGCGUAAUUCAUCAAGGAAUGAAAUGCUCAGCAUGUGAUAUGAACGUUCAUAAACGAUGUGAAGAAAGCGUUCCGAACUUGUGUGGUUGUGAUCAUACAGAGCGUAGAGGAAGAAUACAAUUGAAAAUAAAUUGUUCUGGAAAUAAGCUGACCAUUGAGGUUCUGCAGGGCAAAAAUCUAAUACCGAUGGAUCCCAACGGCUUGAGCGAUCCAUACGUCAAAUUGAAGCUUAUUCCCGACUCUGACAACGUCAAAAAGAAAACGAAAACAAUCAAAGCCAGUCUCAACCCUGUUUGGAAUGAGACUAUAAUUUUCGAUCUGAAAUCCGAAGACAAAGACAGGAGACUUUUGAUAGAAAUCUGGGAUUGGGACAGAACAUCCAGAAAUGACUUUAUGGGCUCUCUAUCGUUUGGUAUAUCUGAAAUCCUUAAAUCCCCUGCCAACGGUUGGUUUAAGCUUCUCACGCAAGAAGAAGGAGAAUUUUAUAAUGUACCUGUUCCGGAAGAAGGUGUUGAGAUGAUCACUCUGAAAAAUCAGCAAAGGAAAACAUCUAUUACUAAGAAACCAUCGAUUAUGGUAGAUAAAGAGUUGCCACAUAAUAUGGGAAAGAAGGAUCUAAUAAGAGCUACUGAUUUCAAUUUCCUUAUGGUUUUGGGUAAAGGAUCCUUUGGAAAGGUGAUGCUGGCUGAAAGAAAAGGCACCGACGAGCUGUACGCCAUAAAGAUUCUAAAAAAAGACAUCAUCAUUCAAGACGAUGAUGUGGAGUGUACAAUGGUUGAAAAGCGCGUAUUGGCACUUUCAAGUAAACCGCCAUUCCUCGUGCAGCUUCACUCCUGUUUCCAGACAAUGGAUCGUUUGUAUUUCGUCAUGGAGUACGUAAAUGGUGGAGAUUUAAUGUUUCAGAUACAACAGUGUGGGAAGUUCAAAGAACCAGUUGCCGUAUUCUAUUCUGCGGAAAUAGCAAUAGGAUUAUUCUACCUGCAUUCUCGUGGCAUUAUUUACCGCGAUUUGAAACUCGACAAUGUACUCUUGGAUCAAGAUGGCCAUAUCAAAAUCGCUGAUUUUGGAAUGUGUAAAGAAGGUAUCAAUGGUGAAAAAACUACUAAAACUUUUUGCGGGACACCUGACUACAUCGCGCCUGAGAUCAUCCUAUAUCAACCAUAUGGUAAAUCGGUCGAUUGGUGGGCUUAUGGUGUGCUCUUGUAUGAAAUGCUAAUUGGUCAACCACCGUUUGAUGGCGAAGAUGAAGAGGAAUUAUUCGCUGCUAUCACAGAUCACAAUGUGAGCUAUCCGAAGGGAUUAUCAAAAGAAGCAAAGGAUGUGUGUAAAGGAUUCUUAACAAAAUUCCCUAACAAAAGAUUGGGUUGUGGUCCAAAAGGAGAAGAAGACGUACGGAUCCAUGCCUUUUUCAGGCGAAUCGACUGGGAGAAAAUUGAAAAUAGGGAAGUGCAGCCUCCCUUCAAACCGAAAAUAAAACAUCGCAAAGAUGUCAGCAAUUUCGACAAACAGUUCACAUCAGAGAAGACGGAUUUAACACCGACAGACAAGCUCUUCAUGAUGAAUUUGGACCAGACCGAGUUCACCGGUUUCUCAUAUCUCAAUCCCGAAUUCGUCAUACACGUUUAAUUGUUUGACAUUUCACUCUAUACAACACAAAUUUAUAUGUAAUUCGGUCAUUUUUCAUGUUCAUUGUGAAAAAUCAAACCGCGAUUAUAAACAAAAUGAAGCGAUGAAGAAUAUUACUUGAGUAGGAUGUGGAUGCUACACAUAUCUAUAUAAUGACAAACAAUAAUUUUAAGAUUGUAACUUAUACUUAGUUUAGAGACAUUUCUGCCGUAGGAAACAUGUUAAGUCCUGGUUGUGCUUAUUUUUUUAAGUUAUAUGGGUGCUAUACAUAUAAAUACUAUUAUUUUAUUUCAUAUGAUAAA